CCUCCCUGCGUCCUUUUGUUCCGCGACCGCAGGGCGGGGUGGGUUCAACUUUCACCGUCUUCUCGUCUGUCCUCCUGAACGGCCAUGAUUUCCCAGUUCUUCAUUCUGUCCUCCAAGGGGGACCCGCUCAUCUACAAAGACUUUCGCGGAGACAGUGGUGGUCGUGAUGUGGCCGAGCUCUUUUACCGGAAGCUGACGGGGCUGCCUGGAGGCGAGUCUCCGGUUGUCAUGUAUCAUGAUGACCGUCAUUUCAUUCACAUCAGACACAGUGGUCUCUAUUUGGUGGCCACAACCUCAGAAAACGUCUCUCCUUUCAGCCUCCUGGAGCUGCUUUCCCGGUUAGCCACUCUCUUGGGUGACUACUGUGGCUCACUCAGUGAGGGAACCAUCUCACGGAAUGUGGCUCUUGUUUACGAACUCCUGGAUGAAGUGCUGGAUUACGGCUAUGUGCAGACUACGUCCACGGAAAUGCUCCGGAACUUCAUCCAGACAGAAGCUGUGGUCAGCAAGCCCUUCAGCCUCUUUGACCUCAGCAGCGUUGGAUUGUUCGGAGCAGAGACACAGCAGAACAGAGUGGCCCCAAGCAGUGCAGCCAGUCGACCGGUCUUGUCCAGUCGCUCUGACCAGAGCCAAAAGAAUGAAGUGUUUUUAGAUGUGGUCGAGAGGCUGUCUGUACUGAUUGCAUCUAAUGGUUCACUGUUGAAGGUGGAUGUCCAGGGAGAGAUACGGCUCAAGAGCUUCCUUCCUAGCGGUUCUGAGAUGUACAUAGGCUUGACAGAAGAAUUUUGUGUGGGAAAGUCAGAACUGAGAGGAUAUGGGCCAGGCAUCCGAGUUGAUGAGGUGUCGUUCCAUAGCUCUGUCAAUCUGGAUGAGUUUGAGUCUCAUCGGAUCCUCCGCCUGCAGCCACCUCAGGGCGAGCUGACCGUGAUGCGAUACCAACUGUCGGAUGACCUCCCCUCACCGCUCCCCUUCCGGCUCUUCCCCUCUGUACAGUGGGACCGAGGUUCAGGCCGGCUCCAGAUUUACCUGAAGUUACGGUGUGACCUGCCACCAAAGAGCCAAGCUCUCAACAUUCAUCUGCACCUUCCCCUGCCUCGAGGGGUAGUCAGCCUGUCUCAGGAAUUGAGCAGCCCUGAUCAGAAGGCAGAGCUGGUAGAAGGAGCCCUCCACUGGGACCUGCCCCGAGUACAAGGAGGCUCUCAACUCUCAGGCCUUUUCCAGAUGGAUGUCCCUGGCUCACAGGGGCCUCCCAGCCAUGGGCCCUCCCCAUCAGCGCCUCCCUUGGGGCUGGGACCUGCCAGCCUCUCCUUUGAACUCCCUCGGCAUACAUGCUCUGGCCUCCAGGUUCGCUUCCUUAGGCUGUCCUUUAGCGCCUGUGGUAGUGCCAACCCUCACAAGUGGGUGCGACAUCUGAGCCACAGCAACGCCUACGUAAUUCGGAUUUGAAACUUCCCAAACAAGGAUAUAGACAGCAAAGUCAGCAGGCAGUUGAACGGGAAGAGGACAUUUUCUUUCUUGUGUCUUUGGAUCUGGACAGGAAGAGUCCCAAGACCAGGAAGGUUCCACGGACUCAUCCUUUCUGCUGUAUGUGACGCAGGGAAGCUCACAAACUUACAAAUCCAACUUUUAUUCUGAGGAACUUACUGUACAGUAUCUAAAAAGAAAGUCACUGGGGGAAACAACCUCCUCCCUCCCGCGUUCUUGGUGCGUGGAGGAAUCUGCACAAGAGGAGGUCAGCAGAUGUGAUGCUGUCACAGAGCAGGCUGAGGGGAGCCAGGUCCAGUCGGCUGGGAGCCAUUAGCCUUUGGAGUCCCUGGAGCUGGAGGGGGGCUUUCCCCAGCUUCCUGCUUCCCCCCACAGAGGGCACUGCCCCCCAGUGGGGAUGGUGAAGACGAUGGAGGAGGGACUGGAGAAGGAUGAGAAGGAGGGCCUCCUUUGCCUUCCCCUGUCGGGGGAAGGGAAACCACGAUGUAUUUCUGAACACUGCCAGGGCCAGCAGGGGCUGUGCUUGGGGGUGCGGUGGUGGCCGUGGAGACCAGCUUGACGAUGGGCUGCACGCUGGGAACCGUGGUGGUGACGGGAGAGGUAGUGGUAGAGCCUGAGCCAGGAGCUGAGGUGCUGAGGGACAGGACCUGGGGGAGGAAGGAGGGCAGCGUGAGUGUGGGGACUCCGUGCUGCCUGCCUCACACCUGGAGGGCCUGCGCCAUUGUCCUUGCUUCCCUCUGCUCCUGUGCUCCCUUGCAGUCCCCAAUGAGGGGUCAAGAUCCAGGAGGCUGCUGCUAGCUUGAGGCCUCCAAGAUCCUGACAAGGGGCCCUCCUACCUUCUGAGUUUGAGGCUGGAGGGGUUAGGCCUCCACUGGAGACUUUCCCCAGGCACCCCUCACACCCCUCACCCUGGCCCCACAUACCUGCUGGGUCGAUGAGGCACUGGAAGAUGAGGACAUUACAAUAAACUUGGUUGGGGGAGGAGAAGGCUGAGGAGGGGCAGCAGCUCUAGCAGACACCAGGGUCUGGACAGGCAAGGCAAUGGAACCAGGAACCUUCAAUAAGCCGGGGGUCCGAGGGCCUGGCUGAGGGGCCUGCGAGAGGGUCAGUGUGGGCCGAGGCUGUGAGGAGAGACAGGGAGAAAGUGUCAACAUUGAAGGCAGACCUCGGUUGCACUUGCUCUUAGCUCUUCAUUGGGGGUGGCAGUAGGGUGAGGCUCCCCGAGACUGCUGGCGGUGGCCAGUCCUGUCCCAAACCUGCCCAUUUCCUGUCGGCCUCCUCCCGCAGCGGCUGACCUGUGUGAUGGUGAGUGUGGUCCUGUUGACCUGCUGAGCUUGUAGAGCAGCCUGGGCCCUGGCCUUCACCACAUGGGAGCAGAGAAGGGGCCCAAGGGACCCAAAUUCUCCCCGGUAGGCAUCCUGAUUGUCAGGUGGAGGGCGCAGCUUCGCCAGGACCGGGGCACAGUGUUUCUGCAGAGAAGGCAAAGUGAGGGCUGGUACCCCGCAGCAAAUGUGAGAGGAGCCCCCCAUUGCUGUCGUUGGAGGCCGUGAUGAAAAGCUGCUGUUCUUCCAGUGGGAAGGCGUCUGAGCUGGGGGUGGUGUUCACCCUGGUAGUCCCAGCACUCAUGCUGGAGGACCAGAGUUCCAGGCUAGCCAGAGCUACAAAGAGAACUUCAAGGCUAGCCUGGACAGAUGGACUGUCUCAAAAUGAAAAAAAAAAGAGGGCCAAGGAGACCAUAGCUCAGUGGUAGUGCUUUGAAAACAUGCACGUGGCCCUAGGUUCAAUUCCCAGCGGCACACAGGCAAAAAGGGAAAUGGGGACUGGAGAGGUGGCUCAGAGGUUUAGAGCACUUGCUCUUCCAGAGGUUGCUUGCUCACAACUACCUGGAACUCCAGUUCUAGAUUUGCUGCCUUCCUCUGGCUUUUGUGGGCAUCUGUACACACAGUGUCCAUUCAUGCAAACAUACAAAAAAACUUGUAAAAAUAAAAAGGAUGAUCUCAGUGGGUGUGGUGGUGCAUUGCUGUAAUCUUAGCACUCAGGAAAGCAGAGGCAGCAGGGUUGCCACAGGGCCAGCAUGGUCUACCUCACAAGUUCCAGACUAGCCAGGGCAAGACCCCAUCUGUAAGAGUCAACAAAUAAAGUUUCCUUCCCUACGGA